AUGGGUCUCCAUUUUGGCGAGUUAGCAAAGAUUCGUGGUUUAAUCACAUACAAGAUAUCACCGCAUGAACAAAGGGCGUUCGCUGGAGCUCUUUCUUACGGGGUUCCUAACAUGGUCCGACGCUUCCGGGAGAACAUGUUCAUCGUGAUCCCGCCGUUUAUUAUUGGCUAUUUUAUCUACGCGAGUGUGGAAUCAGCCCACUACGCCACGACCAGGAAAAACCCACGGGACUUCAUGUUUGAAGUCGACCCCGAGGAGUCUACUGAUGAAUAG